AUGUGUAAAGGCGCCGUGUGUGACAACUGCAGCAAGCGCACUUGGUUCGGCUGUGGUAUGCAUGUACCAUCAGUCAUGGACUCAGUCCCCAAGAGCGAAUGGUGUGACUGCGAGCCAAAGACCGAAAAGAACGGCACAGAGUACCCUCCCAUGGGUAAGCUUGAUCGUACAUUUUGUAUUGCAUAA